CAUGCGUGUAUGUAUGUCACUACGGUCUGUGUGCCGAUGGAUGCAGCCAACUCAGGAAAAUUGCCUGAGUGUUUGAGAUAAUUAUACAGGUUGUGUGGCUGUGAUAGUCUGGGUGGGCCACUAAGCAAGGGUCAUACACUGGCAUCAUUUAUGUCUGUGAUAGCUUGAUAGGCAACAUACUGGAGUAGGAGCUACUGCAGGAGCUGACAACUUCAAACUAUGAGUGGACAUGAUGAUCCAGACUUUCAGUACGCUCAGCUUUCCACCACAGAUCCAGAUGAGUUCUUUGGUGACCAAAACAAACAUGUGCCUCUACCCUGGGAGGAUUUCAUGGGUAUGACUGUGACAUCAGGCAGUGUGGUGCUGCAGAAAGACACUCAGAACUUGAUUGGGAUCAGCAUCGGUGGUGGCGCCCCACUCUGUCCAUGUCUAUAUGUGGUGCAGGUGUUUGACAACACACCGGCUUCCAAGGAGGGCUCACUGGCUGCGGGGGAUGAAAUCGUUGGCGUUAACGGACAGUCUGUCAAAGGACGCACCAAGGUGGAAGUAGCCCGAGCUAUACAAUCUAUAAAGCAGGCAGAGGUGACCAUCAACUACAACAAGCUUCAUGCAGAUCCUAAACAAGGAAAGACUUUAGAUAUAGUACUAAAGAAAGUGAAGCACCGUGUGGUGGAAACAAUGAACUCCAACACUGCAGAUGCUCUUGGCCUGAGCAGAGCUAUCCUGUGUAAUGAUGGGCUGGUCAAGAAGUUGGAGGAGCUGGAGAACACAGGUGGCAUGUACCAGGGGCUCAUUGACCAGACCAAAAGGCUGUUGAAGGCCACCUUUGACCUGUCCAAAUCUCAUAAAGCCUUUGGUGAGGUGUUCAACUGUAUUGGGAUGAGGGAGCCACAGCCUGCUGCUGGGGAGGCCUUCACUAAGUUUGGAGAAGCUCACAAGAACAUGGAAAAGUUUGCCAUAAAAAUGCUGAAGACUGUAAAGCCAAUGAUUAGUGAUCUCAACACCUUCCUAAACAAGGCUGUGCCAGACACAAGGCUUACUAUCAAGAAAUACCUGGAUGCGAAGUUUGAAUACCUGUCCUACUGCCUGAAGGUGAAGGAGAUGGACGAUGAGGAGUACAGUUAUGCUGCCCUGCAAGAGCCUCUCUACCGAGUAGAGACUGGCAACUAUGAGUACAGGCUUGUAUUACGAUGUCGCCAGGAGGCUCGUACCAGGUUUGCCAAGAUGAGGUCCGAUGUCCUUGUCAAAAUGGAGUUACUGGAUCAGAAACAUGAUGAUGGAGUGUGCAGGAUAGCGCAACCCCUCUUAUAUUGACACAAUAACGCCCUACUCUUCCUUGGCUGAGCUACACUUUGCAAGUUGUCAACCAGGCCAUUGAGAUAUUCAAGAGGCUUAACAGUGAAGACAGGCUACCACAUUCCCCGAUGAAACAGUGUAUUUACAAAAUUGUCCUGUGCCAGAUCAUCUGAUCAUCAAUGAAGAUUACUUCAAGUUAGUUAGGAAGCUCAACACAAUGGGCCCACUUCAUGGGCACUUUUAGGUGAAAUGGGUAGUCAGGCCAGUGUUACAUUACCUAUAAGCUUGCCAAGGGCAAUGCACAUUGGACGGAUUGACUCAUGAGAGUAAUCACGUAAUGUAACAGGGAUGUAGAGCCAUAUCGUGCCAUGAAUAGAUCGUAUGCCACUGGCAGCACAUCUUCCUGAGGCAAGGGUGGUGGGACAAUACACAGAUGCAUCGUGGAUUGCGAUGUUUCACUUCCCGAUACAAGUAUCGAUCACAGUUACACACUAAGUAAAAAGUAUUGAUUCUUAUGUUAAAUGUCUUCUUGUUACACCAAACUCUAAUUAGUAGUGAAAAAGUAAAUAUUUUCAUCCAUUGCGCCAUACCUGACACUGCCAACUGUAAAUUGUCAGUGUGCCAGGUAUUUGAAUAUCCUGUCUAUGAAAAAUGUUGGUUACGCACUACAGGUACAAGCACAUACAAGUAUCGUGAUAUGUAUCGGAUCGUGAGCAAGGUAUCACAAUAUGUAUCGGAUCGCACAGUUGGCCCUAGUGUUAACUGACUAUAAACGUUGACCUUUUCGCCACACAUUACAAGAACCAGCUUCAGACGUUUGUAUCCCUGGCUUGGGAUCAGGACUCACUUGCCAUUGCGUGGAAUGGUCUACACGCGUAAGUGUUUCCACCUCUAGCGCUCCUUCCCUGUGUUCUCCAAAAAAUGGCCUCCACAGGGAACAUCUCCAUUCUUUUGGUUGAGCCUUACUUACCAAGAUGGAGAGCCAGACUUAAACUCCUGUGUUUCCCGAUCUGCUCAGAAAUCAACACUCAUCAACCACACCCAUGCUCAGAGGCGUGGGAUCAACACAUGUGGUCCAUUUGCAGAACGCAUUGACGGCUAGGGGUUUCUCUAAGGCGGCUUAUUCUAUUCUUCAGACUAAGCGCCCUUCUGCUGCCUUCUUGUAUGAUCAGAAAUGGUUAUCCUUCGAGGUUUAUUGUCAUCAACGGGAUAUUGAUCCUACUUUGGCUUAUACUCCAUUCAUAGCUGAUUUCUUUGUCUUUUUACGUGAGAUCAAACAUUUGUCUGGCGGUACCAUUGCCAUCACCACUGCUUCUGAACUAGCCGCCAUCCUGCGAGGUUACUGUAAGGCUGAUCAGCAAUAAAAUUUCGACCUCCAGCCUGGGACUUGGGACUGGUUUAUGUCACCUUCUCAUUUCUCUCUCGGAACCAUACUGAUGGGGAAUUGGUGCCUCUUGCGCAGAAAACUGCCUUUCUUCGAUCCUUAGCCACUGUGGCAAGUGUCAGUGAACUCCAAACUCUCGACAUAACCCAAAUCAAAUUUGUGCUGAGGUACAUCUUGGCUUGAUGAAAAAUUGCCUUGUCAGGUGAAACUAACAUCAUUGGGUCUAAUGAUACAGAGAACAUCUCCCUAUAUUCUAUUUGUGCGUGAAGGCGGUAUGUUGAAGUCACUUGUCCGUCCGUAAACAUCUUUUCCUCCCAACCACUGAGGAGGGCCGAGAGAAUAUUUCAAAGAAUACCAUUUUUCAGGUUUCAAUCCUAGCUUCCCAUCCACAAUGGCUCUCCACACCAACUGCUCCGUCAGACAUCGUCCAAGGUUGUUUUUGUCCUACCCACUCUACUUUCGCCAACUUCUACCUCCGAGAUCUGUCUGUUGAGGAUGUCAAGGGAGUGCACCAGUUGGGUUCUCUUGUCUUUGCGCAGCAACUGGUCGCCCCUCCCCAUUGCCGUUGACCCUUUGGACUGGAGCGCCUGCCAUUUUGGACACCCAAACCAGUAUGCCUGCAUGUUUGUUCUUUCUUUCUAUGGAAUGAUUGCAUUAUACUCCGUACUGAUUGUACUUCGUAUCAUGAGGGUAACUAUGGUUCCCGAUCUUUCGAGUACCUCCAGUUGCAACGUAAUUUCAAACCCAGCCUUUCCUGUAAUCAGGCAUGGUGGUAAUGUAUUGAACACACCCAUGGGUGGAAGACAAAAUGGCAGAGUAGUCUAGUCCGUGCUCUGGCCCGACCACUUAAUCGCAAGGGAAAUGCAGUUGAUUGAACCCGCCGUCCUACCAUGGGAUAAUUGCAUACUGUUGUGGAGUGAUAAGUUAAAACCUAUAGGAAAUCAGAGUAUUCCCCUUAUUUGUAUACCUAUCCUAAAACAACAGGUCAUGACUGCCCACCCAUCUGUCCCCUCAAUGUUGGAUCCACCUGUCACCGACCUUUCUUGGAAAAAGUGAUAAGUAGUGCAGGAGCAUGCUGGGAGCUAUUGUUUGACAUGUCAGAACUUUCAGGUGAGUGACAUAAACUACAUGAUAUACCUGCAACUAAACAUUGAGGUUUGUAGAAAUAUGAAUGCAUAUCACACGUGGCUAUAGCAAUCUAUUAACACAAUAGCCCAUCAUUCUGAUGUUUCCUUUCUGAGAAAUGGUUCAAAUGGCUCUGUUUUGUCUG